GAGGCUGCAGGAAGCGCUUCAGGUUUCCCCGGGGAGGAGAAGGAUCAGGAGUUUCCAGCGGACUCGGGGCUGCGGGACUUGUGGGGGGAGAGACUGUUCAUUUAGUAGCGGGGGCUGAGUGUGAGUGUGAGUGUGAGUGACCCCACAGCUCCUUAACUCUUUCCCUCCCACUCACUCCAGGAAGUGACCCCCCAGUUGUGUCAGGAACGCGCUGCUGAGCCCCCCCCUCCCUCAGGAUCAGGAGUUGCCCCCCCGGGCUGGGCCGUCACGUGACAGUUUGUUCCUGGGGGGCGGAUUAUUGGUGAGUGUGAGUGUGAGUACAGGGGGGGCAUUGUAGUGACAUCAGGAUCAGUGAGUGUGAGUGUCAGUAGAUGAGUGAGUGUGAGUGAGAGUCAGUAGUUGAGUGAGUAGGUGUGAGUGUGGGUCAGUGAGUGUCGGUGAGUCAGUAGGUGAGUGUGAGUGAGACUCAGUGAGUGUGAGGUGAGUGUGAGUCAGGGAUGUGAGUAGGAGCAGCUGAUGCCCCUGAGCCCCCCCCUGUAUAUUCCGUGUGAGAGAUCUGGGGGGGCACAGUAAUGGCGGAGCACGAGGAGUUGGUGUUGGAGAUGUCGGGGGUGAGUGGGAUGAGCCCCCAGGAGAGGGUGAAACAAGCCCAGAAGCGCCGGGCUCAGCAGCUGAAGAAUUGGGCUCAGUGUGAGAAGGGGGGGCACGGCAAGAAGCCAAAGGGGGGGCAGAAGAAACAGGGGGGCAAAGAGCAACGACGGGUCACGUUCCCCCCAACUGUCACUUUACUGGAGGCCGCUGCCCGGAACGACACUGAGGAAGUGCGAUACUUACUGCAGAAUGAAUUCAGCCCAGACUUGUAUAACGAGGAUGGUCUGACAGCGCUACACCAGUGCUGCAUUGAUGACUAUGAAGAGAUUGUCAGGCUUCUGAUUGGUGCAGGAGCGGAUGUGAAUGCCUGUGAUAGUGAACUAUGGACGCCUCUUCAUGCUGCUGCUACAUGUGGUCACCUGCACCUGGUGGAGCUCCUCAUUAAACAUGGUGCCAACCUGCUGGCAGUGAACUCGGAUGGGAACAUGCCCUACGACCUGUGUGAGGAUGAUGUGACCCUGGAUCAUAUUGAGACGGCAAUGGCUGAGCAAGGUAUCACCCAGGAGAAGAUAGAGGAGUGUCGGGGGGCCACUGAGCAGCACAUGUUGGAAGAUAUUCAGCAUUUGGUGGAGACGGGCGGAGAGGUGAAUGCACACGACCCUAACGGCACCAGUUUGUUGCACAUUGCGGCUGCGAAUGGAUAUCUGGCGGUGGCGGAGCUUCUCCUGGAGCACAAGGCGCUGGUAAAUGCCAGAGACCAAGAUGGCUGGGAGCCACUACAUGCGGCCGCUUGCUGGGGGCAGAUCCACGUGGUGGAACUACUUGUAGCGCACGGCGCCGACCUGAAUUCCAAGUCUCAGCUGGACGAGACGCCAUUGGAUGUGUGUGGGGACGAGGAGGUCCGAGCCAAGAUCCUGGAGCUGAAGCACAAACAUGACGCCAUCAAGAAAUCACAGGACAAACACCGGACGGCUCUGCAGAGGAGAACAUCCAGCGCUGGCAGCAGAGGGAAGGUGGUGCGUCGGGUGAGUGUGACGGAGCGUACCAAUAAGUACAGGAGGGAACAUCAGAAGGAAGCCAUGGUCUGGCAGCAGCGAGGCUCCAGGGAGAAUGAAGUGGAGCAGCAGGAUGAGGAUGAGGAUAAAACGACCAACACAGAGAUGCAGCAGCACCAACCGAGUGUGGAGGCGGAGCCAGAGAAAGCGGCCGGAACUGAGGGAGAGGAGGGGCCAGCGGAGGACCAUGAUGUGCCAGUUUCCAGCUCAUUCCCAUCAUCCCAGCGGAACGGGAUUCUGAUUCCCGCCUCCAAACACACCUUCUCCAAGCGCUUGGACCGCAGUGUGUCUUACCAGCUGGCCACCCAGGGGGACACGGGCCCGGACUUGAGCAAUGAACGCUCCCACCACACAUUGGCUGAGCUGAAACGACAGCGGGCGGCGGCCAAGCUCCAAAGGCACGCGCCACCCCCACCCCCUAUGUCUGACUCUGAAGCACAAGAUUCCUCAGGCCCCGCCCCCCAGGAGCCUGUAUAUUACACUACAGCAAGUGGGGAGCCCCCGUUAUUGAAACUCAUUGCUCCAGUAGAGGAGACCACUCCAGCGGAGAAAAGACCCUGCUGUGGGGUGAUGUGACUGCUUGGGGCACAGCCUGGAAAGGGACUCUCGCUGCAUUUAAAGGGCCAGUAUCUUUCCCAUGGGCAGAUUUGUCCUUUAAACUAUUUUAGCAGAGAAAGUAUUUUUAUAGGGGGCUCCUGGGGGUGCGCGGAGCUCAGAGCGGCACCUCGGCUCUUUUUUUUUUUAUAAAUCUGGAUUUUAUAAAGUUGAAAUUUAUCUAUAAUAUUCUAUUUUUGUGGGGAAUUCCCUAUUAUUGUGCGGUUUCCAAAGCUCAGUAUUCCUUAUGGCUGCAGGGUAACCCGACUCCUGAGGUGCUUCCCAGUGGACCCCUGAGGAGACACGUGUGUGUGUGUGGCAUGAGAGGGGUGUGUUAGUGCGCUCAGGGGAUAUAUGUGUGUGUGUGUGUCACUCAGUGUUAUUGCACAACUCUCUCACUACACACUGUUGCUGCAGCCAAUCACAGGAAGUUCACAGGAGUAUCCGCUCCUCCCACAUUUACUCCCCGUUAUAUAGAAAUUUGGGAACUUGGCCUACAUACUGGGGAUCCCAUUCCCUCAGAUACAGGUACUGGGGGGGGGUAGAUUUCUAAAAACUUCUCCGCCUCCCUCUAUUUAAAGGGUAACUUCUCUUGACUCUGUUUCUCAGCAUUUGUGAAGCAUUCUCCUGUAGGAAGAUCUAUGGCUACCAUUUUGGCCCCAAGCUUUUGUAUUUAUGAGAAUUUGGGUACAAAGUGCUAAAUUAAUAACAACAAAUUUGUAGCCUUACAGAGCAUUUGUUUUUAGAUGGGGGUCAGCGACCCUCAUUUUCAAAACUGGAAUCAGAAGUAAAAGGCAAACAAUUCAAAAACUAUAAAGAAAAAAGAAAUGAAGGCCAAUUGAAAUGUUGCUUAGAAUUAGUCAUUGUAUAACAUAAUAAAUGUUGGGAUGUGUGAGUUUUCUGAUAUGAGACAAGAUAAAGGGCAUUAAGGGUGGAAUUAAGGAGAAUCUCAUAAUUUUGGGGGACCUUCACUUAUAGGGAAACGAACCCAAAGACUCCAUGGUUUUAAUUGGCCUAGGAAUGUUAUGCAAAUGAAAUGACAAUUCUGAUUGGUUGCUGCAUCUAGUACUAAUGAUGUGAGUGUGAGUGAGUGUAUAGAGCAUGGCUGGUGUCCAGUGUGUGGUCAGGAUGAAAUGCAUUGUGGGAAAUGUGUGUAUGGCUGAUAGAGCUCAGGAUUGGGAAGGAGCGCGGGUUUGGAACAUUCUCAGGGCCUUUCCUUUUCUACUGAGCCUGUGUCUGUUCACUGGAUAUUGCCCUCCCCAGACACUCCCAGAGGUAUUUCCUUAAUGCUGAAUGGUUUGUCUCUUAUCCAAUGGGAAUGAACUCACUGCAGAUACAGCGUCCGGAAUGUGAACUCUGAUUGGUUCUCAUGAAAUUGUUCCCAUUUGUAAUAUUUUCCAUCAGCUGAAAAAAAAGUCUAUUUAUCAUUA